AUGGUCGACAAAAUCUUUCUCUGCACGGUCUUGGCCGAUCUUAUAUUCCUCGCGUCGGGUGUCAUGGAGCUGGUUUUCUCGCUGGUCGUCAAGAGCCAGAUGGACGACAUCACAUCCGACGGUGAGAGUGUAACGAGGAAUUUACUCUACCAACGAUUCCCUCUGACGGCGGGCAUCGUCAACGCCAUCUUCAUUCUCGUCACAUUCACCGCCACCCUGCCAGGACUCGUCAUGCCCGCUCGCAGUUUUCUCAAGGUUUCAGGAUACAUGGUCACGAUCUGCGCAAUCUUCACCAUGUGUGUGGCUGUGUUUCUCUGGGUCAUGACGUUAAGGAUGAAGGAGCAGUUCUUCGGCAUCUACAUUGAACAAGAACCAGAUGUGCAAAGCUUGAUCCAGAACUCCUUCCAAUGCUGCGGCUACGACAACAGCACAUCGCCCGCCUUCGUCAUGGACUCGGUGUGUUCCAGUCCUGCGAGUGCGGCUCUGCUACGUGGAUGUGCUACCUCCAUCUCAAGUUUCGCCAAUCUGCAUAUCGACGGUAUCUUUACUGUUCUCUUUGGUAUUGUUGGUGUUGACGCCAUCUUUGUUCUUUGCAUCGCCUGUCUGCUCAAGGACCGCAAGGAGCGUGAGCGCUAUCGACAUAUCGAUGAGAAGUCGGGGUACCGACAAAUUUAG